UUUAGUUUCACUUCUGGAGCUCGUAGUGUCGCAGCUUGUUCUUCUCUGCUCCUAAAGGUUAGUAAGCGACUCUUUUCACUGAGGGACUCUUGGAGGACUCUUUGGUCCUUCAGGUCCAGCAGAAACUAGUUCAAGUGGACUUCAGAGGAGGACCAGUGAAGAAGAACAGAGCAACACGUCACAAAGUCUUCAGUUCGCAUGUCGCUGGCCCAAUCCCAAUGUCCCCCCUAAAGCCUCAAACCCUGAACCCGCAGGGAUUUACUGACGUCACCUGGUGUGGACUCUGCUAUGAAUCAGUGUGAGGACAGAGAGGAGGGAGUCCCUCCCUCUAAAACCAGCCAGACCAAAGCUCAGAGGAUCCAUCAGGGACCACACUGUCCUGGACCUGAACCUAAACAUGAACAUGAACCUGGACCUGGACCUGAUCCUGGACCUGAACCUGAACCUGAACCCAGCUGUGUGUCCAUGAUGUCCAUGAAGAGUAACCGGUCUAAAGCUCUUCCUAUAUACUUCAAAGAUGGACGCCACUCUGUUGAUCAAAGAGAGGACCAGGAGAGCUCAGAGGUUCCCAGAGGUCAGUCUGCCCAGCAGCAUCAAACACACCUGGACUCCAUAUUUAUGCUGCUGGAGGAGAACAUCGUCACUUUUGUGAAAAAGGAGCUGAAGAAGAUCCAGAAGGUUGUGAGUUCAGAUUACCCAGAAUGCUUAGAGAGUCAGACGGAGGAUGAGGAGGUGCUGAACGGUGAGGAUGAAGAGCAGAGGAGGAGCAGCAGAGAGGCGUUUGUGAAGAUCACACUGCACUUCCUGAGGAGAAUGAAGCAGGAGGAGCUGGCUGACUGUCUGCAGAGCAGAAGUCAUUCAGGACUUCCUGCUGCAGUUUGCCAGUGUGAACUCAAAUCUAACCUGAAGAAGAAGUUCCAGUGUGUGUUUGAGGGGAUCGCUAAAGCAGGAAACCCAACCCUUCUGAAUCAGAUCUACACAGAGCUCUACAUCACAGAGGGAGGGACUGCAGAGGUCAAUGAUGAACAUGAGGUGAGACACAUUGAAACAGCAUCCAGGAAACCACACAGACCAGAAACAGCCAUCAGACAAGAAGACCUCUUUAAAGCCUCACCUGGAAGAGAGGAACCAAUCAGAACAGUGAUGACAAAGGGAGUGGCUGGCAUUGGGAAAACAGUCUUAACACAGAAGUUCACUCUGGACUGGGCUGAAGACAAAGACCACCAGGACAUACAGUUCACAUUUCCAUUCACUUUCAGAGAGCUGAAUGUGCUGAAAGAGAAAAAGUACAGCUUGGUGGAACUUGUUCAUCACUUCUUCAGUGAAACCAAAGAAGCAGGAAUCUGCAGGUUUGAAGAGUUCCUGGUUCUGUUCAUCUUUGACGGUCUGGAUGAGUGUCGACUUCCUCUGGACUUCCACAACAAUGAGGUCCUGACUGAUGUUACAGAGUCCACCUCAGUGGAUGUGCUGCUGACAAACCUCAUCAGGGGGAAACUGCUUCCCUCUGCUCGCCUCUGGAUAACCACAUGACCUGCAGCAGCCAAUCAGAUACCUCCUGAGUGUGUUGGCAUGGUGACAGAGGUCAGAGGGUUCACUGACCCACAGAAGGAGGAGUAUUUCAGGAAGAUAUUCAGAGAUAAGAGGCAGGCCAGCAGGAUCAUUUCCCACAUGACCAACAAGACCUCACGAAGCCUCCACAUCAUGUGCCACAUCCCAGUCUUCUGCUGGAUCACUGCUACAGUUCUGGAGGAUGUGUUGAAGACCAGAGAGGGAGGAGAGCUGCCCAAGACCCUGACUGAGAUGUACAUCCACUUCCUGGUGGUUCAGUCCAAACUGAAGAAGGUCAAGUAUGAUGGAGGAGCUGAGACAGAUCCACACUGGAGUCCAGAGAGCAGGGAGCUGACUGAGUCUCUGGGAAAACUGGCUUUUGAUCAGCUACAGAAAGGCAACCUGAUCUUCUAUGAAUCCGACCUAACAGAGUGUGGCAUCGAUAUCAGAGCAGCCUCAGUGUACUCAGGAGUGUUCACUCAGAUCUUUAGAGAGGAGAGAGGACUGUACCAGGAUAAGGUGUUCUGCUUCGUCCAUCUGAGUGUUCAGGAGUUUCUGGCUGCUCUUCAUGUCCAUCUGACCUUCAUCAACUCUGGUGUCAAUAUGCUGUCAGAAGAACAAACAACCUCCCGGUUGUCUAAGGUCUUUAGCGACAAACCUGAACUAGCACAUCUCUACCAGAGUGCUGUGGACAAGGCCUUACAGAGUCCAAAUGGACACCUGGACUUGUUCCUCCGCUUCCUCCUGGGUCUUUCUCUGGAGACCAAUCAGAAACUCCUACGAGGUCUGCUGACACAGACAGAAAGUAGCUCACAGACCAAUCAGGAAACAGUCCAGUACAUCAAGGAGAAGAUCAGUGAGAAUGUGUCUCCAGAGAAAAGCAUCAAUCUGUUCCACUGUCUGAAUGAACUGAAUGAUGGUUCUCUAGUGGAGGAGAUCCAACAGUCCCUGAGUUCAGGACGUCUCUCCACAGAUGAACUGUUUCCUGCUCAGUGGUCAGCUCUGGUCUUCAUCUUACUGUCAUCAGAAAAAGAUCUGGACGUGUUUGACCUGAAGAAAUACUCUGCUUCAGAGGAGGCUCUUCUGAGGCUGCUGCCAGUGGUCAAAGCCUCCAACAAAGCUCUACUGAGUGACUGUAACCUCUCAGAGAGAAGCUGCGAAGCUCUGUCCUCAGUUCUCAGCUCCCAGUCCUCUAGUCUGAGAGAGCUGGACCUGAGUAACAACCACCUGCAGGAUUCAGGAGUGACGCUACUGUCUGCUGGACUGGAGAGUCCACAUUGUACACUGGAAACUCUCAGGUGACCCUGUGAAUUACUUUUCUUGGACUAAGUACUAAGUUUAAUGUUUACACACAAACAGAUUGGUGAUGACAGUAAUAAACAUAAACCUUCCAGCCCUCACAGUUCCCUCAGAUUAUGUGACAUGUGUGUUGUUUUGUGUGUUUGCAGCCUGUCAGGCUGUCUGAUCACAGAGGAAGGCUGUGCUUCUCUGGUCUCUGCUCUGAGCGCCAACCCCUCCCAUCUCAGAGAGCUGGACUUGAGCUACAAUCAUCCAGGAGACUCAGGAGUGAAGCUGCUGUCUGCUGGACUGGAUGAUCCACACUGGAGACUGGAAACUCUCAGGGUGGAGCCUGCUGGAGUCCGAUGGUUCAGACCAGGUCUGAGGAAGUAUUCCUGUGAACUCACACUCGACACAAACACAGUUCACAGAGAACUCAAACUGUCUGAAAACAACAGGAAGGUGACACUUGUGAAGGAGGAUCAGUCAUAUCCUGAUCAUCCAGACAGGUUUGUCUACUGGAAGCAGCUGCUGUGUAGAACUGGUCUGACUGGUCGCUGUUACUGGGAGGUCGAGUGGAGAGGAGGAGUUAAUAUAUCAGUGAGUUACAAAGGAAUCAGAAGGAGAGGAAGCAGUAGAGACUGUAUGUUUGGAUGGAAUGAUCAGUCCUGGAGUCUGGAGUGCUCUGAUGGUGGUUACUCUGUCACUCACAACAAGAAAGGAACACACUUCACCUCCUCCACCUCCACCACCUCCUCCUCCUCCUCCUCCUCCUCCCCCUCUGGUAGAGUAGCAGUGUAUGUGGACUGUCCUGCUGGCUCUCUGUCCUUCUACAGAGUCUCCUCUGACACACUGAUCCACCUCCACACCUUCAACACCACAUUCACUGAACCUCUGUAUCCUGGGUUCAGGUUCUGGACCUGGUGUGUUUCCUCAGUGUCUCUGUGUUCUCUGGAGGAGGGAGAGUCUCCUCCUGCUAGAGAAACCUUCUCUCUGCUGACCAGAUAGUUCAGUCUGUACAGGAUCACACACAGCUGAUGUUAGUUAGUACCACCCUGAUCUCUCAGUGAAAAACCUCUGAAUGUCAAACAAGAGUCUUUCUGGAUCAAAUUCAGCAUCUGUGGAAAAAGAAUCACAAGAGUUGUGAUUCUAAAUUCAUCAUCUUUGAUCAUCGUGUAACAAAUGAACAAACUUUGAUAAGUGACGUUGAAAUAAGAAAUCAAAGUUUUGGAUGAUUCUAGAUAAUAAAGCACAUAAACAUGUCAAAGCAAAAAUUAUCAUAUAUGCUUUUAUAAUCACGAAUGGUUAAAAUGAGAAAAUGAGAUAGUCUUGGUUUAACAUACUUUGCUCUGAUCUUUGUCAGAGUCAGCUUAGGAAACAGGCUGUAAGGUCAGAUGCUGUAACCAUGCUAACUGUUUAGGAGACAUCCUGACUGAUGUUCCACCAGGAAGACCAGACAGGAACCUUAGAAAUAAGUGUUAACUUAAAGAAGUCUGUCAUGAACUGUAAGACUACGUAAACAGCUUCAUCCAAUGAUGUACUAAUGUUUAGUUUUGGACCAUAUAUGGACCAGGAGGUUAAAUGGUGAACAGCAGCUUUGGUAAGUUAACUGCAGUACCUUAACUGCCAUAAAUAUUAUUUGUCAUU